UGUGCAAACAACGACUUCGGAGGAGAGAAGAAAGCGUGGCGGGUUCGAAUGAGCCUGCAGACUGCGGUCUAGGUAUACAAGAAGAGGUGGUGCGCAGUUACUGGGACCGCUCGAGGACUGCCGGCGUUCCUACGCAGCGGCUUGAUCGUGGGUGCGCGUUGAAAUCUACAUGGUACCCCACCUGGACCCGAAAUCUGCACUGCAUCGGCCGAAAGCAGCGAUCGAAGUUGAGUUGAUCGAACACCGGAAGCAAUUGCUGCUCUAUCUCAAGCUAAGCCUUCCACCUCGACUGGCAGCUGGAGGCCCCGUCUGGACCCGUCCGUGUAAUCUGUGUGCGCCAAGGACGAAACAGGAUUUCCCCUCAAAUUCGCCGCAUCUGUAUCAGGGCACACCGGCGUGUCAGAACUGACGCCAAUCAACACAUCCCGUUGGAGAAAAAAAACGCAAGGACAACAGAAUAACCCAGCUCUCGUGGUUACACGUUCUGAUACAGCUAUAAAGUGCUCAAGUUUUCAGACCACCGCCGAGGCCCAUCGUCCUUUAUCAAGCAAACCUGCGCAUCGAAGAACAUAGUUCUUCUACAUCUUCACAUCGCCGGUGUAGAAAGUUCGACAGAACAAAGUCACCAUGGAUUUUGACGGGGCCCUGAUGAAGACCGGCGGCUUUGGCCGCUUUCAAACGACGCUCGCCCUUGUGUUCCUCACCACGGCCACAGCGCAUUUCUCGUUCAACCACAUGGCCCAGGUGUUCAUACUAAUCGUACCCGAGCAUUACUGGUGUCCCGUCGCGGCUUCUGAAGGCGGCGGUGCGAACUCAAGCUUCGAAGUCGGCUUCUCCGAAGGAGACUCGUGGAACGGCUCGCUCCUGUUGACCAGACAAACUUGCCGCCUCGAACUGGGCAUCGGUGCCGUGGAUAUUAAUGGCACUACUACGGAGCAAUGCCCCGAAGGCUGGCACUACGAGUACGGUGACCUGUAUGCGACCAUGUCCACUGAGCACAACUGGGUUUGCGGCGACAGCUGGAAGCAAUAUGUGCUCCACACGACCUUCUGGAUCGGUUCGAUGGCCGGAUACGUCACAUCCGGAUUCCUCGCGGACAGGUUCGGUCGUCGGGUGGCCAUCGGUAGCCUCUCUGCGGUGAGCGCUCUGGCCAAUCUGAUGCCGCUCUUCAUCUCGCAGCACUGGGGCCUGGCUGUGGCCAGGCUCAUCGCCGGCAUGGGCGCCGAAAGUGUCUGCUCCACCAUCUUCGUUCUAGUGAUCGAGUUCACCAUUCCCGAGCGGCGCACGCUGAUCGGCUUCGUGUGGGCCUUCAGCUGGACCAUCAUGGCGUCUUCUUAUCCCUGGUACGCCGAUCUCAUCCAAAGCUGGCGAGGGCUGGUCCUCACCAACUCUGCGCUCAGCGUCGCCAUCCUGGUCAUUCUUUGGUUCGUGCCGGAGUCUCCUAGCUGGCACCUGACAGUAGGGCGGAGAGACGAGGCCGUUCGUACCCUCACUAAGAUCGCUAGGGUCAAUGGGCGGCGCGAGAUCACAGAGGAUGACUUCAAGACACUCCAGAUAAAGACGACGGAGGUGGCACAGUCCGAGCCGAAAAGGAGCUUCUGGAAGGACACCCUUGCUAUGGUGGCGACACCGCGCCUUCGGAGGAAUACUCUGGUGCUGUUCGGCGGAUGGUUCCUCAUCUGUCUUGUCUACAACGCCAACACACUGGAGCUGAGCCACCUCGGCUUGAACGUGUACGGCACGUACUCGACGGCCAUCGCGUUCGAGCUUCCCGUCAACCUCUUCACCAUCCUGGCCCUCGAUAGGCUAGGGCGGCGGUGGCCCAACGUGGCCUUUAUGUUCGUCGGGGGCAUCAUCUCCCUAGUCAUGGCCCUGCUCAGAACAGACUCGUCGGCAGCCACACUAAUCAUGGCUGUGAUCACGAUCGUCUGCUACGCGGGCGGCUACAAUAUCACGUACCAGCUGGCCUCCGAGAUCUUCCCCACCGAGAUACGAGGUCGGGGAGUGCUCAUCAAGCGGCUCUUCGGCGACAUCGGCAGCUGUCUGGGUGCGGACGUCGCUUACUUGGUGGAGUAUGACCGGUACCUGCCGCUGCUCGUGAUGGGCGUGUUGUCGCUGCUGGCUGCGCUGCUGCUCUUCUUUGUGCCGGACACGGUGCACGAACCACUGCCGCAGACUAUCGAGGACGGCGAGGAGUUCGCAAAGGACCAGGGGCUCUGCUUCUGCCCCGUACUCGUCACCAGGUUACCCGACCGGCAAGACAAGGAAAGGGGCGACAAAUCGAACGGAGAGCCCGUGAAGGGGGAUCAAGAAAUCGUCACACACUUAUAGGAAUACAAGAGAUCAGCCAUUUGAUCGCCAGAUGCACGCCUGCGUACGGAAACAAAGAGAGACAUCUGCUGAAGUUAGCAAUAAAGUUCCUAUUUUACACCA